AUGCCGUUUGGGCUUACCAAUGCCCCAGUUACCUUCCGGUGCUUAAUGAAUGAAGUCUUCAAAGAGAAACUCAGGAAGUGUGUCUUACUUAGAAUAGAAUAUCUAGGACACGUCAUUACAGCAGAGGGAAUAGCUGCAGACCUUUCAAAGGUGGUUGCAUUGCACGAGUGGCCUAAACCAAUUAACAUUGAACAGUUUAGGGGGUUUUUAGGCUUGAAUGGAUAUUACAGAAAGUUUGUAAGGGGGUUAUGGAACUAUGGCCAGGCCUUGACUCAUUUAUUAAAAAAAGAUAAGUUCCACUGGAAUGAAGCUGCUAAUAUGGCAUUCCCAGAAUUGAAGGCGGCCAUGAGAACUACACCGUUCUAA